AGUCUUACCAAUCGUAAAUCUUUCUGUGAUACGUUGAUUUCUUUGUAAACAGCUGAGUCGAAAUGGUAAAUAAAGAACAAGUGAAAAGGGAUAUAAAGGAAUUGUGUAAAAAUGAUAAGUACUCAAUUUUACUUCCUACUUAUAACGAAGUGGAAAAUUUACCUAUAAUAAUAUGGCUUAUCAUGAAAUAUAUGGAAGAAAGCGAGCUCGCCUAUGAAAUUAUUGUGAUAGAUGACGGCUCUCCAGAUGGAACUCAAGAUGUAGCUAAGCAACUGCAACACAUCUAUGGUGAAGAUAAAAUAGUCUUAAAGCCCAGAGAAAAGAAGUUAGGACUGGGUACUGCUUACAUACAUGGAAUUAAGUACGCAACUGGAAACUUCAUUAUUAUCAUGGAUGCCGACUUGUCUCAUCAUCCCAAAUUUAUUCCAAAAAUGGUUGAGCUACAAAGAUAUCUCAAUUUGGAUGUAGUUAGUGGUACGAGAUAUAUACAAGGCGGUGGUGUUUAUGGCUGGGAUUUUAAAAGAAAACUAUUCAGUAGAGUUGCAAAUUUUAUAACUCAGAUUUUAUUGAGGCCCGGAGCCAGCGAUUUGACUGGUAGUUUUAGGCUUUAUAAGAAAGAUGUAUUAGAAAAAUUGAUACAAUCCUGUGUAUCUAAAGGAUAUGUAUUCCAAAUGGAAAUGAUAAUCAGAGCUAGACAAUUCAAUUAUACAAUAGGAGAAGUGCCAAUUACAUUUGUUGACAGGGUCUAUGGUCAGUCUAAAUUGGGUGGCUCAGAGAUAUUUCAUUUUCUAAAGGGUCUUUUAUAUCUUUUUGCUACCACAUAAUUAAACAUUCCAAGAAACUAAGGCUAUCAGACUUUCUAAUCGAAUAUAUUCCAUACUUUAUAUUGUAUAUGAAAUAUUUAUAAAUAAAUAAU